GGUUUUUCUCUUUGUCCGUCGUCGUGCAUCUGCAACUUGAAGCAAAUUACGGCGGCGAAGAAAUGCCUCGAAUCAUCGCCAACGAGACCGUAGUGAACACAUGGGGCGAGAUGAAUGCAUCCAGAAGCGUUCUUGCCGCUUCCAUGGAUGACCGGGAAAGAAAUCCGCUUUUGGCUGUAGCAAGAAAAGAUGGCAACGUUGAGGUUCUUAAUCCUUGUAAUGGUGACCUUCACUUUGCGUACUCCGUAUUUGGUGAUGACGGUGGUUCGCCUGAGGAUGAAAUCUCUGGUCUGCAUUUAUUCAGAAAACAAAAAGACGAUCAGGCAGAAAGAUCUUGCACGUUGCUUACAUGCACGAAGAAGGGAGAUGUGAGCCUCAGAACAGUUAAAUUCCCCGAUGCACGUGCUGAUCCCACGGAUGGCGCUGCUCCCGAAACUUGGAAAGCAUGUGGCUCUGGUGAACUAUUGGUUGGUAAAGUUGAUGGGGGCGAAAACUUCGGCUUGUUUGGAGGGAAACGUGUUGAAGUCAGUAUAUGGGAUCUUGAACAAUGUGCUAAGAUAUGGAGCGCGAAAUCCCCUCCUAAAGACAAUCUCGGGAUCUUCACGCCCACCUGGUUCACUUGUGCUGCAUUCUUGAGCAAAGACGAUCACCGUAAAUUCGUCACAGGAACCAAGUCUCACCAGGUUCGUCUUUAUGAUGUUUCUGCUCAACGUAGACCAGUCCUGUCCUUUGAUUUCCAUGAGACCGCCAUUACAGCGAUCUCUGAAGACCCAGACGGUCAUACUGUCUAUGUCGGGAAUGCUUCUGCUGAUCUCGCUGCGUAUGAUAUACGAACAGGAAAGUUGUUGGGAAACUUUUUAGGGAAGUGUUCUGGAAGCAUUAGAUCAGUGGUUAGACAUCCACACCAUCCAGUGAUUGCAUCUUGCGGUUUAGACCGAUAUUUACGGGUUUAUGACGUGAAGACACGCCAACUCAUCUCUGCGGUUUUCUUGAAGCAACAUCUUACAGGUUUUGUAUUCGACUCGGGCUUUAGUGGAGAAGAGAUAGCUGUAGCAAACACAGUGGUUGAAGCCGAAACAGAAGAGAAGAUGACGAUCAUGGAGCAGGAAGAUGAUGAGGAAGAGGAAGCUCCUGUGAAGAAAAAGAAGUCAAAGAAAGAGAAACGCAGUAGAGAAAAGGUCUCUGAGGGUGAAGAGAUAGAGGAGCUAAGUAGCAAAAAGAAGACACGAGAGCACAAGAAGAAAACCAAGAAAGUGAAACAGAGUAUCGAAGAC